AUGUCGUCCCAAGUUAAAGAAAUGAUUGAUGUAAUUUCGUCAGAUACCGACAAUAAUAUAGAGCCUUCAGGUGUGAUAUUACCUAAAGAAUCUGACUAUGAGAUUAACACAGAUUAUGAAGAAUCAUCAUCAGACCAACAGGAUAGUAAAAGUUUUGCCAGUUCAUUUGGAUCUUCGAGUUUUGGUUUAUCUGGCCUUGAAAAUGUUUCUGGAACUAACUCUGAGAAGAAACGUUUAGUACGUAGAGUGCUUUCCCACCUUAAGGAAAAAUUUAAAAGUAAACCACACAAGUCCACUUCAGACGUAACAGAGAGAAAUAAUUUUUUGAAUGAUGAAAGUUUGGAGAAAGAGUCACAACUUGAACCAGAUCAAUUGAAAUCUAGUACUCCUAUAAAUUUCCACACAGAAACUUUUCCUUACCUUGACAUUUUAAAAGAUGAUCCCCCAAUCAAAAGUUCGAAAAAUGAAGAAAGAUAUCAAAAUAUGUUUGCAAAAUAUAAUGAAGUUCGUAAACCAUCAGAUUCAUCGCAUUCUAAUACUUCAUUCAAUAUGGGAGACGAACGUAGUAUUGUUGAAGGACGGGGGAGUUUCUUAUUUACUGAAUCUCCCUUAACACCACAAGAAAAUGAGAGUAAUGCGAAACUCCUAGGGAAAGCCACUUACGAUACCAAUACUUUAGAUACUCACUAUCAGAAAGAAAUAUGCGGUAAAAUUCAAGGUAUUUGUAGAAAAUUUGGGAUAGAGGAGACUACGUCACCAAGUCAGCAAAUAAUGACUAUUGAAGUAAAUUCAAACAUGGCGACACUUUUAGAUCAAAUUUUAUUAGAAGCAAGUAGCACCCUUGAGAAUGUAAGCACAUUAAAAAAUGAAGUCUAUAAAGCUUCAAUUGCCAAAGAGGAGCUUACUAAAAGGCUAUAUAUCGUUGAAAAAGAAUUAGUCGUCAAGAAAGAAGGGAUGAGAACAGAACUUCAAAAUCGAGAUACCUUGCUUGAAAAGUAUAAAUCUAAGAAAGAUCAGAUUAAUGAAUUGUUUGAACUGACUGAACCAUCAACAAAAAAAGAUGUUUCAGAUACAGAAAAACUAAAGACUCUUUUUAAUAUUUUAGAAACUCAUUCAUUGCUAAAGACUAAGAUUGCUUCGUUAUAUAAUGAAAAUACAGGUUUAAAGGAAAUGUGUCGCACAUUAAAAAUGGAAGUUCAAAAUUCUAAAGAUGAAUUAGAAGAUAAAACUUAUGAGGCAAUAAAAUCUCAGUUUCAAAAAGUUAUCUUCAAAUUAGAACAAUGUAUCGAAGAAUAUAAAGGAAGAGGAGAAUUGUUGCAAGAACGUUAUAUGGGAACAGUUGAUAUGUAUAAUGAGGAAAGGGAAAAGGUGAUCGGAUUGCGAAAAGAAAAGAAAAUAUUAGGUAGUCAAAUUCAACUUUUAGAUUGCCAGAAAAAUGAAUCAUUACAAUUUAUGUCACAAUUUAUGAAUUCUUUUAGCAAUUAUGUCGAUAAAAAUGUAAUGUUCGAGUACAAUAUACUUCUAGAAUCUCUAACGAGUAAACUUAAUAUAGAAUUUCUAUCUAGUUUUACUGACUUCCAAUUUACUGACCAUUUUGAGAAAAUCGAAACCCAACUUCAUGAAUUCUAUCAAGAAGUAGCAACGAAUAAGUUCAUGGAUCAAUUAAUAUCUCAAUUUGUUCAGACAAUUGGCACAAAUAACAUUCUCAGUUCUCAGUUAGAGAGUCUAGAUAGAAAAUGUAAUGAUCAAGUAGAAUAUAUCAAUGAGCUAACUCAUUAUAUUAAGAAAUUAAAAAGGAGAAAAAAACAACAGAGAAGUUCACAUUCGCAGCACAACAGAAAUUCAUUUGAACAAAAAAUAAAGGAAGACUAA